AGACGAAGACCAAGGUGCCGGAGCAUCGCCGUAUCGAGGUAUGUUGACCGGUGAGACAGAAAGUUAUUCCGAACGCGGACCAGUAACCCAACAGCCAUCAACAUGUAUACCGUUUUGUGCUAUUUAGUGUUUCUCUCCAUAGCCGCCCUCGGAGUCCUAGGUGCUUCAGAUUUCAAAUGCCCCAAGAAAAAUGGAGUCUUUGAGGAUUCUAUCAUGUGCGAUAAAUUCUAUGACUGUGAAGAUGGCGUAGCAACAGAGAAAUUCUGUCCAGAUGGUCUUGUUUUUGAUCCCUUAAACCGAAAAAUCAACAAAUGCGACCAGCCCUUCAAUGUAGACUGUGGUGACAGAGUAGAACUACAGCCACCCAAAUCCACCCAUCUAUGUCCGCGAAGGAAUGGUUACUUCGCUCACCCUGAUGAAAAAGUGUGCAAUAUAUUUUACAACUGUAUCGAAGGUGACGCAACAGAAAUCGUAUGCCCUACUGGGUUGCACUUCGAUGAAUACUCCGGCACUUGUGUGUGGCCUGAUUCAGCGGGAAGGACAGGUUGCGGAGAACCAGAAUCCAUGAAAUUGAAAGACGGGUUCUCGUGUCCGAAAGAGGGUAACCAGCACCAUGGGCAAACGGUUGCUCACCCUGUUUACGCUCACCCUGAAGACUGUCAAAAGUUCUACGUCUGUUUGAACGGCGUUACCCCCAGGGAACAAGGCUGCUCCGCUGGUGAAGUGUACAACGAAGAAUCUCAAAAAUGUGAUAGCCCUGAUAACGUACCUGGAUGUGAGGAAUGGUACAAAGAUGACCCUGCAGCACAAAAAACAGGCUCAAAGAGACAAAGAAGGCGAAAGUGAUGUGAUUUGAAUUUAGCUAAAUUUCCAAAUUGAACCGUAACUUUAAGACUAAUUUAAUUUUAAUUACUUAAAAUUAAGGAAAUAAAGUCCAAAACAACAUAAA